CUCUCCUGUCGCGCAUGCUCAGUGCGGCGGGCCCGGCGCUAGGAGGCGGCAGGAUGAUCAUGGCGUUGAGUAAAACGUUCGGCCAAAAGCCGGUGAAAUUCCAGCUGGAGGAGGAUGGGGAGUUCUACAUGAUCGGCUCCGAGGUGGGUAACUUUCUGCGCAUGUUCAGAGGUUCACUAUACAAGCGGUACCCCUCUCUUUGGAGACGGUUGGCAACAGUUGAAGAACGAAAGAAAAUUGUUGCAUCCUCUCAUGGAAAGAAAUAUCAUGGGUAUACAACAUUAGCUACAAGCGUCACACUACUGAAAGCUUCUGAAGUCGAGGAGAUUCUUGAUGGAAAUGAUGAAAAAUAUAAAGCUGUUUCUAUCAGCACAGAACCUCCAACCUACCUCAGGGAACAGAAGGCAAAGCGGAACAGCCAGUGGGUUCCAACAUUGCCUAACAGCUCCCAUCACCUUGAUGCUGUGCCGUGCUCUACUACUAUUAACAGGAACCGCAUGGGUCGUGAUAAGAAGAGAACUUUCCCACUCUGCUUUGAUGAUCAUGAUCCAGCAGUAAUCCAUGAGAAUGCCUCUCAGCCUGAGGUGCUUGUUCCUAUUCGACUGGACAUGGAGAUAGAUGGGCAGAAACUGCGAGAUGCCUUUACAUGGAAUAUGAAUGAAAAAUUAAUGACUCCAGAAAUGUUUGCAGAGAUUCUUUGUGAUGACCUGGAUCUGAACCCAUUAGCAUUUGUCCCGGCUAUUGCAUCAGCCAUCCGCCAACAGAUUGAAUCUUAUCCUACUGACAGUAUCCUAGAGGACCAGUCCGACCAGAGAGUAAUCAUCAAGCUUAAUAUCCAUGUUGGAAAUAUUUCUUUGGUGGACCAGUUUGAGUGGGACAUGUCAGAGAAGGAGAAUUCCCCAGAGAAGUUUGCCUUGAAGUUAUGUUCAGAACUUGGGUUGGGCGGGGAAUUUGUUACCACUAUUGCAUACAGCAUUCGAGGGCAGCUUAGCUGGCACCAGAAGACCUAUGCAUUCAGUGAAAAUCCUUUGCCGACAGUUGAGAUUGCCAUCAGGAAUACAGGUGAUGCUGACCAGUGGUGCCCCCUCCUGGAGACUCUCACAGAUGCUGAAAUGGAGAAGAAGAUCCGGGACCAGGACAGGAACACCAGGCGUAUGAGACGUCUUGCCAACACUGCUCCGGCCUGGUAAACAGUCCCCUCCCGACGAAACUUGCGGUUCACAUCCUGGAGAUGGAACCCCGUCCCAUAAAUAAACACAAUGUUACAAUUAAAAGAGAAAAAAAAAAAAAAAGUAAAAAUUUCUAAGACUUAAGAUUUUUGAAGGAGAAGAGGGUGGUCCAAGCACCUCUCUUGAGCCUAAAUCUGAGGGAGCGGGGGAACCACACAUUCCACUUUGCUAAGCAGCUGGGUGCUGCUGAGUUUGGCUCCCUCACACCCCUUCCUUCCAUGUACAGAGCGUGACGCAUUAGUGCUACCUGACUACCGGAAGACCUGAGACAGAUGUCCCAAGCCCUCCUUUAUACCUGUGUACGUGAUAUGUAAAGCUUUUUGUGUUAUAUUUUUAAUUUGUAUUGGUGCUUUAUGCACUUGUAGGGAAAAGUUUUUUAAAUAAAGGUAUUGCUCAGUAUUCUGUA